AUGGAGUGCCCCACCGAGCGGCCCGAAGACGUGGAUGAGUGUGGCAGUGGGAACGGGGGCUGUGAGGACCAUGGGGGGCUUCUCCUGCCGCUGCCCCCCGGCCACCAGACGGCAGGACCUGCCAAGGCCCCAGCAGCCCCGGGUUUGCCCGCAGACGUGGACGAAUGCGCCUCUGGCCGGGGCGGCUGUGGGCAUCACUGCACCAACCUGGAGGGCUCCUUCCAGUGCUCGUGCGAGGCUGGCUUCCGGCUGGACGAGGACCGCAGGGGCUGUGCCCCCCUGGAGAUCCCCGAGGUGGACCUGGAUGGCCAGCUGCCCUUUGUGCAGCCCCUCCCACAUGUCGCAGUGCUCCAGGAUGAACGGCCUCACCUCUUCCAAGACGACUAUAUUGGGGUCCAGGAGGAGGAGGCGGCGGCGGAGGCCCGGGGGGAGCACACGCUGAUGGAGAAGUUUGUCUGCCUGGACGCCUCCUUUGGCCAGGACUGCAGCCUCACGUGUGACGACUGUCGGAAUGGGGGGACCUGCCUCCCGAGCCUGGAUGGCUGUGACUGCCCCGAGGGCUGGACCGGCCUCAUCUGCGAUGAGGCUUGCCCUCCGGACACCUUUGGGAAGAACUGCAGCUUCUCCUGCGCCUGUCGGAACGGCGGGACCUGCAACCCCAUGACGGGUGCCUGCCGCUGCCCCCCGGGCGUCGGUGGAGCCCUCUGUGAGGACGGCUGCCCCAAGGGCUUCUACGGCAAACAUUGCCACAAGAAGUGUCACUGUGCCAACCGUGGCCGGUGCCACCGCCUAUACGGGGCCUGCCUCUGUGACCCGGGGCUCUACGGUCGCUUCUGCCACCUGGCGUGUCCGCCGUGGGCCUUUGGGCCCGGCUGCUCCGAGGAGUGCCUGUGUGAGCGACAGAACACGCUGACCUGUGACCGGAGGGAUGGUAGCUGUUCCUGCAAGGCCGGCUUCAGGGGCGAGCGGUGUCAGGACGAAUGUGUGCCGGGCUUCUUUGGGCCCGGAUGCCGACAGGCGUGCACCUGCCCUCAGGGCGUGGCCUGUGACCCCGUCAGCGGCCAGUGUGGGGGGCCGUGUCCUGCCGGCUACCAGGGGAAGGACUGUGAUCAAGAUUGUCCCGAGGGCCGCUGGGGGCUCGGCUGCCAGGAGAUCUGCCCGGCGUGUGAGCAUGGUGCUACGUGUGAGCCUGGGACCGGAGCCUGCCUGUGUCCCCCCGGUUACGUGGGCAGCCGCUGCCAGGACUCGUGCCCCGCAGGCUGGUUUGGGCCCAGCUGCCAGACGAGGUGCUCCUGUGCCAACGAUAGGAACUGCCACCCGGAGACCGGACAUUGCAGCUGUGCCCCUGGAUGGACCGGCCUCGGCUGCCAGAGCGCCUGUGACGACGGGCGCUGGGGACCCGACUGCAGCCACCCCUGCACCUGCAGCCCAGGCCACGGGAGCUGCGACGCGGUCAGCGGCCUGUGUGUGUGUGAGGCCGGCUACACGGGCCCGCGGUGCGAGCAGCGGUGUCCCCAGGGCCGCUUUGGGCCGGGCUGUGGGCGGCAGUGUCAGUGUGAGCACGGGGCGGCCUGUGACCACGUCAGCGGGGCGUGCACCUGCCCGGCCGGCUGGAGGGGAGCCUUCUGUGAACGCGCCUGCCCGGCGGGCUUCUUCGGCCUGGAUUGCCGCGGUGUCUGUGACUGAGCCCCUGGGGCCCCCUGUGACUCUGUGGGCGGCUCCUGCCUCUGCCCUGCUGGCCGCCGGGGCCCCCGCUGUGCGCAGGCCUGCCCCGCCCCCACCUACGGACACAACUGCAGCCAGACCUGCUCCUGCUUCAACGGGGCCUCCUGUGACCCCGUCCACGGACAGUGCCGCUGCAGCCCUGGCUGGAUGGGCCCCACCUGCCUGGAGCCCUGCCCCACGGGCUUGUACGGCCCCAGCUGUGAGCACGCCUGCCUCUGCCAGCAUGGGGGCACCUGUGACCCCGUGUCAGGCUACUGCACGUGCCCAGAGGGCUGGGCUGGCCUGGCCUGCGAGCAGGAGUGCCUCCCCGGGCGCUUCGGAGCCGGCUGCGAGCACAGUUGCGGAUGUCUCAACGGCGGCCUCUGUGAGCGGCGCUCGGGCCACUGCCUCUGCCCAGCUGGCUGGACCGGGGACAAGUGUCAGAGCCCCUGUGCUGAGGGUACGUUUGGGGCACACUGUGAGGAGCGCUGUGCCUGCCAGCGGGGGGCCACCUGCCACCACGUGACGGGGGCCUGCCUCUGCCCCCCGGGGUGGAGAGGCUCGCGCUGUGAGAACGCCUGCCCGCUUGGCCGGUUCGGAGAGGCCUGUGCCCAGCGCUGCCUGUGCCCGCCUGGCGCCGCCUGCCACCACGUCACCGGGGAGUGCCGCUGCCCACCAGGCUCCACGGGGCCCGGCUGUGAGCAGGAAUGCCCCCCCGGGCGCUUUGGGCCUGGCUGUGAGCAGCAGUGUGAGUGUGUCCACGGGGACUCCUGCGACGCAGCCACCGGGGCCUGCCUCUGCCCUGCUGGGUUCCUGGGGGCCAACUGCAGCCUGCCCUGUCCACAGGGCCGCUUCGGCCCCAGCUGCGCCCACGUGUGCAGGUGUGGGCAGGGAGCAUUCUGUGACCCUGUGACCGGCAUCUGCACCUGCCCCCCCGGGAGGACUGGCGUCCACUGUGAGCACGGCUGCCCUCAGGACCGGUUUGGCGUGAGCUGUGAGCGCGUGUGUCCCUGCAGGAAUGGCGGUCUGUGCAAUGCGGCCAAUGGUCACUGCUUUUGCGGCCUGGGCUGGACGGGGCCGCACUGUGAGCUGGCCUGCCCUCCUGGCCGCUACGGUGCCGCCUGCCGUCUGCAGUGCUCUUGCCAAAACAACGGCACGUGCGAGCCCACCACGGGCACUUGCCACUGCGGCCCCGGCUUCUACGGCCAGGCCUGCCAGCACUUCUGUCCCCCCGGCUUCCACGGGGCCGGCUGCCGGGCAGCGUGUGAGUGUCAGCACGGGGCCCCUUGCCACCCCGUCAGCGGCCAGUGUGUCUGCCCCGCCGGCUUCUACGGCCAGCUCUGUGAGAGGGGGUGCGAGCCAGGCUCUUUUGGAGAGGGCUGCCGCCAGCGCUGUGACUGCAGGGCGGGGGCACCCUGCGACCCCGUCACCGGCCAGUGCCUGUGUCCCCCGGGGCGCACAGGGGCCGCCUGUGACCUCGACUGCACAGCGGGCUUCUUCGGGCCGGGCUGUGCCCUGCGCUGCGGCUGUGGGGCUGGGGCUGCCUGCGACCCCGUCAGUGGGCUGUGCAGUGUGAAUGGCUCCCUGGGGCCCACCUGCCAGCAAGAGCUGAGCAGCCAGCCUAGCUGGUGA